AUGACGAAAGGAAGGAUGGCUCCUCCGGCCUGCGCAGCUUGUCGAUCACAACGCAAAAAAUGCUCAGAUGAAUGUUUGCUGGCUCCUCAUUUUCCUUCAGAUGACCUUCAGAGGUUUGCGAUUGUGCAGAAAGUGUAUGGCUUCAACAAUAUCGUCAAAAUGCUCAAAAAUAUUAAACCUGAGCAAAGAGGAGAUGCGGUCAAUAGUUUGGUGUAUGAAGCAAAAGCUAGAAUGGAAGACCCCGUAAAUGGGUGUGCAAGAGCAAUUCAUGAAUUGCAGAAGCGGAUAGCUGAGCUGGAAUCCCAGUUGGGAGCCAAGCAAGAAGAGAUCAUGAAUAUGCAUUUUACAUUUGAGAACCUUCUGUCUCCUCUCACUGUUGAAUCUGUUGAUGCUGGACAUGUUUUAUGUGCCACGUCACAACCAAGUGAUACCAUGUUUGAUGAGGUGGAUCCAAUGAUGUUGUGGGAACCGCUAUGGGCAGUAUAAUUUUAAGAGAAGCAUGUCAUUUCUCACUCUUGAGAAAAAUAUUUAGUUUGAUCUUACAGUCAAUUUCUUUGUUAAAUUGCUUGAAUUUAACCAUACGAUUGUACCA